AUGGACGAUAACGAAAUGGAUAUAAUGAGCUGGAGCAGCGAAGAUGAAACCUCCGAAACAGAGGAAUGUGGACUAGACUCAUUUGAAUCUCUUGAAACGGGACCUAUUGACGAAGCUCAUGAAGACUUGCUUGCCCGUGCUCUUAAGUCGAUAACCUUUGAUGAGCAGCAGUCAGCAAUCCAUGACAUACACGGUGUCUCAGAAAUUCAAGAAGAUCCGAUAAUCAUGGAGGAAAAGCUAUCGCAAAUGGAAAACGAAAUAUGCAAGAUUAAGAAAAAGGAGGCCUAUCUACAAGCAAAGGAAAUUUCUCCAGAUUUUGCUCUGAACAAGGAUCUUCGAUUGUUGUUUCUUCGCUCUGAUAAGAAGUUGAACGCAAAGAAGGCUGCAGCAACCUUCGUUUCCCAUUUUGAAGUUAAAAAGAAGCUGUUUGGCGAAGAAAAGCUUGGAAGAGAUAUCAUGCUGCAUGAUCUUAAGCAAGAAGAGUGGAAGUUUUGUCAAACUAGAUGGUUGCAACACAGGGACCGAUCAGGAAGAAUUGUUCUUUUCUGGACACCCCACGAGGAGGAGCAGACCUACGAAAGCAGGUUUCGCUUGUUGUUUUGGUCCAUUUUUACAAUGUUGAGAGACGAAGAGUCACGGAAAAAUGGCAUGGUGCUAAUUUUCUAUAACGUCGGUUCCAAUAUCAUGCCAGACCCAAAGUUAUGGGUUGCUCUGAAUGACAUGAAGAAGAGCCUUCCUAACUGCUUUGUCAGCUUCCAUAUUUGCUAUGACAACCCGCGAGUGCGCCCAAUCCUUCGAUUGAUCCUUUCUGCAGUUGGAACUUUUUUGACAGUCAGGUGUCGAUCCCAUUAUGGAUCUGCAAAAGAGUGCAUUUACUCUCUGUUGACAUUCGGAAUCCCGCGAGAGGCGCUACCAAUUACAGAUGAUGGGACGAUCCUCCCACUUGCAGAAGAAGGUUUUACAAAGCGACUAGAGCAAGAGCAGCAACCGACCCCAAAGGAACUCGUCGUCAUUAUUCCGGGGCGGUUUGAUGUGUUGUUGGGAAGGCAAAAGCGAUGUCAAGAUCACGUAGGAAACCUCCGAUAUCGUCACCUUGUUCUGUCCUAUCAAAAUGACUACGAGCAAGCUAGUAAGCACGAAAAGACAGCAAUUGCCGAGAAAGUGGUAAAAGAAGUUCAAGCGAAUGGUGGGCACUUUCUCGAGAUUUAUUACGCUGAUUUCAUCGAGGUAUCUGAUAUUGUGGCCAGAAAAAAAGUCGCCCAUGCUUUUCGUAGUCAAAGAAGGAUACAAAAUCGGAGGAAAGAGUCUCACAAUCGACUAGCGGCUGGAAGUCCUCCUGUUUCAGGAUCCGAAUCUGACGGUUCAGUGCCAGUCUUUGGAAGCCAAACAGCGGGCACAAAGAGAGCUAGCCCGAUACAAUUUGCAUCCAGUGCAAAGCGAGGAUUCGGGGCAAGCAUGUAG